AUGGAGCUGAAUAAUUUAAAGAAGCUUCGCAAAGCUAUUCGGUCUUCUUUCACGAGAAUUGUUUCAAGAAUAAAAAUUCAGCUGGAAUCUGCCGAGGCAGAUAAACAUGAAGUUCAAGUGGCUUUGACAUUAUUAGAAAACAAAUGUGCUGAGUUAAAAGACAUUAACGAAAAGAUUUUAACGCUGCUUCUAAACGUUGAAGACGCAGAUUUAGAAGAAGAAAUGCAAGCUGUAGAAGAAUACGAUUCAAAUUUUGUUGAUAUUCACACGAAAGGUAUGUCAAUUAUUAAUGUGCCUUUAUUAGUAAAUGAAAGCAGUGAUACAUUUUCUGAAAAUAAGAAUAAGCGGAAAUUCAAAUUACCUAAGCUAGAAUUCAGAAAAUUUGGCGAUGAUAUUAAAGAGUGGCUUCCCUUUUGGAGCCAAUUUCAGAAAAUUCAUGACGAUUGUGAUAUUUCGGAAGAUGAUAAAUUUCAGUAUCUCAUUCAAGCCACUGUCAAGGGUUCCAGAGCCCGAGAAGUAGUGGAAAGUUACCCACCCAUUAAAGAUAAUUAUUGUAAAGCCAUUGACAGUUUAAAAUCAAGAUUUGGGAGGGAAGAUCUCUUAGUUGAAAUAUACGUAAGAGAAUUGUUGCAAUUGAUAAUCUCAGUACACCAAACACGUCAGAACAUUUCUUAUUCAUCUUUAUAUGAUAAAUUAGAGUCGUAUUUGCGUGCACUUGAAACAUUAGGUGUCACUACAGAUAAGUGUGCAUCUAUGUUAUUUCCUUUGGUAGAGUCAUGUUUUAAUGAAGAUUUUUUGAAAGCAUGGCAUCGUAACGUAACUUUGGAGUCAAAAGAUGAUUCGAAAACACGUCUUGAUAGUCUAAUGAAGUUCUUGAAAUCCGAGGUUGAAAACGAAGAAAGUAUUAACCUGGCAGUAUCUGGUUUUGGUUUACUUAGAAAUAAAGGUUCUGAGGAAAAUAUAGAAAAGAAGCGGAUUAAUUUAAACACUUAUAAGGACAAAAUUCAUACUGCAUCUGCGUUGACUGCCAGCACUCAUACAAGUGAUUUUAAAAGAUGCGCAUUUUGCGAUGGUAGACAUUUGAGUUCGAAUUGCUUCUCAGCUCAAAAAAUGAAUUUAGUUGAAAAACGGAAAAUAUUGAAGGAUAAGGGUUGUUGCUAUCUAUGUUUAAAACCUGGUCACCAAGCAAGAUUGUGUAGAAGCUAUUUUAAGUGUACUAAUUGUAAUAAACGACAUUUGACGAUAAUGUGCGAUGAGUUUAAAUCUGACACAUACAGGCAACAACAAGAAAUGAAAGAAACGGCAGUUGAAGAAAAAUCAAAAGAUGUUACCAUGACAACCAUGAGUAAAAGUCCAAGAGUUAUUUUGCCUACGUUAAAAGUGAAGUUGGUCUCCACUUCCGGCCAUAAAGAGAUAGAAGUGAAUGCUAUUUUAGAUACUGCAUCGCAGCAUUCGUAUAUUUUGAAGGAUUUGGCGGCGAAAUUAAAUUAUGAAAAAAUUCGUGAUGAAGUUGUAAUUCACUCUUUAUUUGGCGGUAUCGAAACUGAACAACGACAGCAAAAUUGUUACAGAAUAAGGCUAAGAAAAUUGGAUGAUACCAUCACCCUAAUAAAUAAUACAGGCGUUGUAAUGAUUGAUCAGUCAAAAAUAAUCAGUAAUAUUAAGCUACUUUUCAACGAGACAUUUAUUUCCACCAUUAAAACUUUGCAUUUUUAA